UGUGAUAGCAUUUGGUAACGACAGACUAACGUGCAGAAGUACAAAUUUUUGUAAAUUUUUUAUUACAAACAUUUGAAUCUAGACUUGAACUUUAAAUACUUUUUGAGUAAUUUUAUUUACAUUUUACAUACACAAAUUUUUGAUUGCUAUUUGAUAUCAUCUUCAUUUUUAUAGAGUUGAAAAGUAAAAAAAGUAUUAAAGUUAUGUGAAUGUUAUGGUGAUUGCAGAAUUAUAGAAAAAAGUAGUGUAAGUAUGUUUUUUAAAUGUUAGACAAUGUUUGCUCAGCUUAUACAAUGUUUAAGUGUGAAUUUCCUGAUGAAGGAGUGGUUCCACCAAAUUUUGAUGAAGGAGUGGACUCUGAUGUCUUAAUUACUUAUCUUCGAGAAAUGGAUGGAUUUACCGGUUCACAGAUAGAGAUUUGUCAUGAACCACCAAUGGAUGUAAACAAUCUGAUUCAAUUAGUAAAUCCAGUGGACACUAAUCUAGUACCUACAUCUCCGCAAGGACCACCUGCCAGAACAAAUUUAGAGGGUGUAUUUAAAUUCAAAGCAGAAAUUGACAGUACACAUACAAGGAAAAAAAAGUAUUUAUAUUCCCAUCGUCUAAACCGCAUCUAUGUGGAUGUGAAUGUGAAUUUCUCAGUGGGCUUUACGUGGGAUGCAAGUCUCUUCCCUGGGGAGGCCUAUAUUCGUGCUACAACUGUAUUCUCAGAUGUUACUCAAGCCGAGAAAAGAGUUGAAAGAUGUUACCAGCACUCACAUGAAACUGCAAAUUCUCCAGGAAAAUCCAGAGCUACAAUAAUGAAUGUUCUCCAUUCUGCUCGAGAGCAUGGUUCCCCUGAUGUCCAUUAUUGCGGUAACCCAGAACAACCUGAUUCGUGGUACUCAGUUCUUGUUCGGACACCUCGACCAACACAAUUGGCUUAUGUGUUCCUUUGCAAGAGUUCCUGUUCUUCGGGGAUUAAUAGACGCCCUAUAGAAAUCAUCUUCACACUUGAGGAUUUUAAGGGCGAAAUAUAUGGUCGUCAAGUUGUGGGUGCGCGUGUUUGCUCCUGUCCUCGCAGGGACAUCGACCGUGAUGAAUGCGUUGAAGGGCUACCCAAAAACAAGAGAUUAGCACCCCAACAGGAGACGAGGCCUAAGAAGGUCAAGACUGAGGCAGUUGAAAAAGAUGAUGGAGUUAUUAAAUUGCCAGCGAUUGGAGUGGUUGGUCGCAGAACAGCAAUUCUUGGCCUUGAAGUAAUGCUCAACAUGAUGGAAGAGAAAAGAGAAGGAUUAGUUGCUAAUAGACUAAGCACAGAUACGACAUCUGUUAUAUAUAAUCUGGACAAAAGUAUUGCAAAUUUAAAAAAACAUAUUAACCAAUUAAAAGGGCAGCAACAAUAGGUUUAGAUGCACUUGGCCAGUAUUUGUUAGUCUACCUAACUCAACUUAUGCUAGUAAUACUAUAAAUCUCCUUAAUUUGUUAUAUGUUGUUAUUACAGUAACAAGAUGUUAGUAGUAAUUUAAUUUAGAUAAAUAGUUUAAGUACGAGUGUCGCCAUGUGCCAUUCUUUUCUUACAUUUGUAAUUUGUAAAAAUUUACAUCCGCCUUUCUACAUAAUCUCUUUUAUAUAAUGUAUAAUGUUUAUCAUGUUGUAUAACACAUUCCAGAUUUUGAAUGUUUUAAAUCAGGUACAUUAUUUUACAAGUUCAUUUCUCAGUUUUAAGUAACCAGUGUUUUAGAUAUAGGUCAAAGUAAAGUAUAAGUAUUAUAACAUAAGUAAAAUGACAACACAAAAGUGUUAGUUUUUAAAAUA